GAAGACGGAGCGUAUUUUGAUUAUAUCAGUCAGCUUUUAUAGUCUCUUGUGCCUAGCCUCUUUUUAAUGUUAGAAAAAUGAAGAACUUCUCUUUGAUUGUUAGUUGCUGUUGCUGGUAACAAAGCCAGAGACUUGGCAAAAGCUGUUGUGACACUAGAGCUUUGUUGAGUGUAUUUGCUUUUAGCUGUUUUGGGGAUGCUCCUCUGUACAUACAUCAGUCUAAUUUUGGUGCCCAAAGGAAGGAAAGAGGGUGGAGAACAACCACCAGGGUUUUUUUUAAGGAAAGAUAAAUAAAUAGUAAGAGUGCUACUGAUCUCUUAAAAGCAGUUUACUUCCACACAUCUUUGUUUGAUGGCUGGUGAAAAGGCCUGGAAAUAACAAAUCUACAAGACCAAAUUAAAAAAAAAACCAACAUUCCCUCCACUCCUUGGCACUAUCUCUUUAUGAAUUGUCCCUCCAUCUGGUGACACUUAAAGCCCUAUCCCGGACCUUGCUGCAAGCUCUCAUCUCUUUUGGAACCACUUUCAGCAAAAAAAAGAAUAAGAAGUUCUUUCAUGUGAAAAAGACAAGACUGCUGUGUCCUUGCAAAGUGCUCAUAUUCUCUGGGUAGCAGAGAUACUUCAAUGAUGACUUGUGUGAAGAUAGACAUGGUUAUUUUUCUCUUCAAGGGUAUGACACAGUGACUGUAUCACCAAUCAAGUAAGGGCAGUUAGUAAACACUCAGACUAUAUUAUACUCUACAAAGUGUAACUUCUGGAUGUAGUAGAACCAUAGGACAGCGGUCUACAAAACAAGUGAAGCCUGGGAAAAAUGGCCUGUGAAUAUAAUCUAAACUUCCUUAAGGAAUUAGAACGAGAGGCUGUUCUGGAAGUCCUGUACCGUGACCAGAUGGUGAGAAAAAUGGAAGAGGAAAGAAUAAGGAAACUGAAACUGCAGGUGCAGCAGCUUCAAUGGAGAGGUGCAGGAAAUGUACGCCAUGAAUACCAGGAGAGGUCUUGUGCUCGCUGUCAGAAAUCACUUGGGUUGUUGAUAAACAGAGGUGCAGUAUGCAAUGGGUGCAGCCAUCGAGUGUGCUCUGAAUGCCGUGUCUGCCUGAAUCCCUGCCUUUGGAAAUGCACUGUUUGUUAUGCUCACGGAGAUGUGAAAGUAAAGGCUGGUGAAUGGUUCUUUGAGGAACGAGCAAAGAAAUACCCAGGUGAAGGCAGACAUGAAACAGUUGGCGCAAAGCUCUUGAAAUCUUACCAGAAACUGAGUAAAAUUUCUGUCGUACCUCCAACUCCACCUCCUUUCACAGAAUCCACAGCAGGAAGCAAUGUGAUGGUAAAUGAACUCGGACAGUCUAAAAGUUUUAAUAAAUCUGUGGAAAACUUGUUUUUAUCUCUCACAACACAUAUAAAAAAGAUCUCUAAAUCCCAGAAUGAUAUGGCUGACAGACGUCUUCUAACCACAGAUUAUGGGCAGAGCAUGGAAAGAAGGAAGCAAAGAAGGAGCCAGUCUGACACUGCCAUCAAUGUUACAAGCAGGAUUAAAAGUACACCCAGUCUUCAGCAGCUCAUCGCUGGGGCCCAAAAUGACAGUGAAAUUCUGACCAAAAGGAAUUGCAAGGAGGAAGACAUACCAACCAGUCCCACAAGUGACGCAGUUUUCUGUGAUGGCAGAAAACAUGGGAGUUUGUAUAGUCUUAACAGCACUUGCACUGAGACUGGCAAUUUUGGCAAGACUAACGUCACAGGAGAAAUAGAGUUUGCCAUAAGAUACAUCUUCAAAGCUUGCAUCUUAGAAAUUUGCAUCAAGGAAUGCAAGAACCUGGCUUACGGAGAAGAGAAGAAGAAAAAGUGUAACCCGUAUGUUAAGGUUUAUUUACUUCCCGAUAAAUCUCCUCGGAGUAAGCGGAAGACGGCUGUCAAAAAGAGCACAGUGGAUCCAGAAUUCAAUGAGACUUUGAAGUACAAGAUUGAAUACUCCCAGCUGGGAAGUCGGCAACUGCAGGUCUCUGUCUGGCAUGCAGGAGCAUUCAAAUACAGAGUAUUUUUGGGGGAAGUGGUGAUUUCACUGGCAGCGUGGAAUUUUGAAGAGAACUCGAUGCAGUUGUUCAACUGGUACCAGCUCAAACCCAAGCUUGAAAAGCCUGAGGUUGAUCUUAUUCAGUACAGUGGUGAACUCCUUGUGUCUGCAAGACUGUCGGUACCAGCGCAGUAUAACAAUUUCCAGUUUGAAGGAAAUAAAGACCAAGGAGUUCCCAAAUGCCAGCUUCAGGUUAUGAUAUUUGGGGCCAAGAACUUGCCCAUGCUGAGAUCUGCUGGAAAGCCAAACUCAUUUAUUAAAAGUUGUCUUAUCCUUCCAGACCAAGCAGAGGUAAAGCAAAAGUCUCCUGUCUUGAAGAAAGAAGCCUGUCCCCAGUGGAAGCACUUGUUUGUCUUUGAUAGUGUGACCCCAGCUCAGCUACAGCAAUCAUGUCUACACUUGACUGUCUGGGACCAGUCAACUUUCAGCUCAAGCGAUCAUUUCCUAGGAGGAGCCAAGCUUGGUGCAAUUGUUGCCUGUUAGAAACAGAUUUCAUACUUGAAGCUCAUGUCAGACCUAAGCUACAGCCAGGCAAGAAAGUUGGCUGGGCAGCUCUCCAGGCAGCUCAGUGGGAAGUGACAGCCACAAAGCAAGAACCAGAAGACAGAAAUACCUAUCGCCUGCUCCUUCACCACGUCAAAAGUUUUGCUCAGUUUCGGAUAUCACAUUUCAUAAAAACAUUUCUAUUAUUCUUGCCUGCUGCAGAAAUUUAGAAUGCCAAAUAGCUACUAGACGCAGAGAGAGAAAGCCAGGACUCUGUACUGCACAGCAGAGAUCUAACUUUGUUACUUCCGUCAUGGGAAAUUCAAGGUGGUGUAAAAACACGAGCACUGAGGGAAUGAAGACAAACAAGCCACAAAUACAGGAGAAAAGCAACAUUAUUUCUUGAAUCAUGAGCAACCUGCAGCCAGUGGUAGAAGACCAGUGGGAUUGCUUAUCCUUUUCCCUUGCCUGUGAAAGGUCUCCCAGUCCCCUCUUCUCUCUUCACGCAUGCUCCCUGUGAAGGUUUCCCCCUUACUCCCAGCCACCCCAUGGUGCAAGAGAUAAAUGAGGUCCUAACACUCCAGAGUCAGGAGAACCCCCCUUCAGGUGUGUGCCCCACACAGGAGCCCACUGUGCCCUCACCUCCACAUCUCCCUGCAGCUCUCAAGACUGCCACCAGGACAGCAGACUACAGGGUCACAGGUCCAAGCAAGAACAGUAACGCUCACAGUCCAGCUGCAGGAUAGC